CCGGUGUUGUGGUGAUGCAAAGCUCUGAGGUCUUUCUCUCUCUUCUUUUUCGUCGAUCUGUAUCUGUGUUAUAUCUUCGCUUCUCCUUCUUCCUCAUUUGGAUUUUUUGAAUUGCUCUGGGGGGAUUCAAACUGUCGUGGUUUACUUGGCUUCUGGGAGGAUUCUAAUGGCUCGAGUAAAUACAAUUAGGUUGUUACAAUUGCCAUUUUUUUGAAAAUGCCAUCAAAUUGGCAUUUUUACUCUUUAAAAAUUUCAUAUUUUUCUUACAAAACACCAUUAAAAUGGCAAUCACGAUUCAUGUUGGCAUUAUGUUCAAAAGUUUGGCAUCAGUGGUGGCGUCUGUCAGAUCUGUGGUAGCAGCGGCCGGAUCUGCGGCGACAGCGACUGGAUCCAAAUGGGCAACGGUCGGUGGUCGACAGAGGCCAGAUCUGGUCCGAUCUAGGGAGGCGGUGCCCAGAUCUACGACGGCGGUGAUCAAAUUUGCAGCGGCGGUUAGUUUUGAGGUUGCGGCGUCCGGCGGUGGCCGGAGGCGGCCAAUCAUGCUCUCUGUCGGUGGGAGUCUAUUUGUCAAGCUUCCAGGGUAUUUUUGUCCAGUUACAAAUAAUAACUCCUAUUUUGUGAAUUUUUAUACUUUAAUCCUAUUUUGGCAAUUAAGAAUUUAAUUAGAGAAAUGGUCUCAAAUAGGACCCUAACUUUAGCUAUAUACCCGUAUAGGACCACCUACUUUUUUAAACCUAAAUAGGACUUGAUUUUUACUAAAUACCAAGUGUACCCCUGAAUUAGUUGCAGGGGACACUCUUCGUCGCUGCUCUUCUUUUUCUUCGCAUGUUUGCCGUCCGCUCCACUUAGCUUCGACAAGAACGCCAGCCAACCAUCUCACCUUUGGACUUCGUCAAUUCCUCUCAUGGUGAAAUAAAGACCAGGGCAUCACCGUAUGGGAAUAUGUGAUUCAUCUCAAAAUCUUUAGUAAUCUCCUGGGAGUAGAAUUUUCUGUUCAUUCUAGAUUUAGCCUUGUUUCAUUUUGACUUUACAGGAUUGUUAUGCUUCAAUUUGGAUUUCUCAUUGUAUGAUCUUCUCCGCUUUUUAAUUGCUCGAUCUUCCUUCGUCGAUUCGAAACUUCACCAGAGGCCGCAAUUGCAAUUUGCAAGUGAUGAAGGAUUGAAGGUCACCGGAGAUGGAGGCCGCCGCUGCAAGCGGUGAAGGUCGCCGGAAAUGCUUAUUGCGGUGAAGGACUAUGAAAUUAGUAAACAAUGGCCAAUUCGAACAUACAAUAUCAGCAAGAUGUAAUUCCUAAUCUUUAUCUUUAUAUAAUAUAAAAUAACAGAGUUGGGGCAACAAUUGGAGGGAAAAAUCCCGCCCAAAUUAAGGGCAAAAUGGGAAACUAAUGUACAAAUGUUAAAACCCCGCCUGUUAGUCGAUUUAUGCAGCCAUGUCUAACUAUGGUAAGAUUAGUACG